AUGAGACGGCCGACUCUCUUGUUCCUGGUGCUCCUCUUUGCGCGGGAGAUAUGGAGCUUCGACUUCCUCGUCGCUGACAUCCCAGAGGAUCUGGAUGAAUUGCUGGACUUUGAGAUGGACGGAUUCGUUUUGCGAUCCACACCGAGAAAUGGCAGAUAUCAGGUGCAGGGCGACGACAACAUCAUCCUCUAUAGCUACAAGGUCCAGUCGGUCAUCACGUCUCGGCUGGCCAACACGAUGGUCCAGGCCAAAGUGGCGAACAAUGCCAAGCAUGCGCAGAACCUGGUCUUCGACGUCCAGAUCCCGAAAGGGGCCUUCAUUCACAACUUCACCAUGAAUGUCAACGGCAUCACGUUCACCAGCUCGAUCAAAGAGAAAUCCGAAGCCCGCAGCCAAUAUGCACAAGCCAGGGCCAGGGGCAAAACGGCUGGGAUACUGAGGAGCAACUCUCUCGACAUGGAGAACUUCAAAGCCGAACUCAACGUGCCCGGAGGGACCAAAGUCCAGUUUGAAAUCCAUUACCAAGAGCCGAUCCGGAGGAAACUGUCAUCUUAUGAGCACAUUAUCCCUUUACAGCCUGGCCGGCUGGCUAAACACCUAGAGGUGGACAUCCGCAUCGUCGAGCCCCAGGGGAUUAGCUUCGUCCACGUUCCCAACUCCCUCGGAGAUGAGUUUUCAGACGUUACUGUUGUCACCAAAGGAGAGAAAAAGGCCCACGUGUCUUUCAAACCACCGGUGGCUCUGCAACGGAAGUGCCCCACAUGCUCCUCCACGGUGAUCGACGGCAAUUUUGUGGUGGCUUACGAUGUCAACAGAGACAGCAAAGCAGGAGAACUGGAG